GAACAUUAUUGACAGAUGAUCCCUUGUAUGGCAUCCUAUAUAUAAACUUCAGGAGCAGUAAUGUUUUUAUUUGAAGGCAAUUUUGGUAACAUCCUGCACACCGGAGAUUGCAGACUCACCCCUGAGUGUUUGCAAAGCUUACCAGUGAAUUAUUUAGGCAAGAAAGCGAAAAAACCAAGGUGCCAACUUGAUUAUGUUUUCUUAGACUGCACAUUUGGGAAGUUCUCUUUCGAAAUGCCCAACAAGAAGUCUGCAAUUCGACAG